UGCUGCUCUAACGCCCACCAUGUCAGCCGGAAGUUUGGUCAUUUGUUUAUGUACUGGUUAAUGGAUAAGUGUUUGAGUUAAGUGACGUCACACGGUUUGAACACCGGGCCAGCUUGUGAAACAGCCUGGCAGUGAGUCAAGAAUCUCAGUUGGAAGUUUCUGGACAGUCGCCCGCUGCUUGUGGAGGACUUGAGUGAGAGCUUGUCUAACUAUCCGGCUAGCUGCGGGCUAAUAUCACUCAAGGACAGCAUGAGCUAGCUGUUAGAACCAUAGCUAAGAUAGCAGCUUGCAGUGAGAGGACGAGAAAGGCACCUGUCGGACGGUUACCACUCAUGUGUUGCCGAUAGUUAACAUGUCGGAUCAGCUCCAGCCGGCUUUCCCGAUCCAACAGCAGCCCAACCUGAACUCAGCUCCUCUCCCACAGUGUUUUGUGAAACCGUUUAACAAUCCUCUUCAAACCAAAAGGAACGUCAUAACAGACGAUUACAGUGUCACGAGGCAGGUGCUCGGGAUGGGGAUAAACGGCAGAGUGCUGGAAAUAUUCCACAGAGAGAGUGGAGAAAAGUAUGCACUAAAGAUGCUGCAGGAUUGUCCAGAGGCCCGGCGGGAGGUGGAGCUCCACUGGAGGGUGUCACCUUGCCCCCACAUUGUACCAAUCAUAGAUGUUUAUGAGAAUCUCUACCAGGGCAGAAAGUGUCUCCUCAUCGUGAUGGAGUGUAUGGAUGGAGGUGAAUUAUUCAGUCAUAUCCAAGACAGAGGGAAUCAUGCUUUUACAGAAAGAGAGGCCUCUGACAUCAUGAAGAGUAUAGGAGAAGCCAUACAUCUCUUGCAUUCCAUCAACAUUGCUCACAGAGACAUCAAGCCAGAGAACCUGCUAUACACCUCCAAAAGGCCAGACGCCCUCCUCAAACUGACAGAUUUUGGGUUUGCUAAAGAAAUCACCACCUUAAAUUCUUUAGCAACGCCAUGUUUUACCCCCUACUACGUUGCUCCUGAAGUUCUUGGUCCAGAGAAGUAUGACAGAUCUUGUGACAUGUGGUCUCUUGGUGUCAUUAUGUACAUUCUACUUUGUGGGUACCCUCCCUUUUUCUCACAUCAUGGUCUGGCAAUAUCUCCAGGAAUGAAAAGACGGAUCCGUAAUGGACAAUAUGAGUUCCCCAACCCAGAGUGGUGUGAUGUGUCUGAAGAAGCCAAACAGCUGAUCUGCCACUUACUGAAAACUGAGCCCACCCAGAGAAUGAACAUCACUGAGUUCAUAAACCACCCGUGGAUUAAUCAGUCCGUGGAGGUCCCGCAAACGCCUCUUCACACCAGCCGUGUGCUGCAUGAGGAACAAGAUGUCUGGGAGCAGGUUAAGGAGGAAAUGACAAAUGCCCUGCAAACGAUGAGGGUGGACUAUGAUCAAAUUAAAAUCAAAACCAUUGAAGACUCAACUAAUCCUCUACUCAUGAAGAGAAGAAAGAAGAGUAAAACCUCAGCCAAACAACCUCCAGGCUAGUGAAAUAAAAAGUUUUUAAAAGGAAUUCAGUUUUCACACAAACACAUUCACACACACACACACACACAUACACACGUAAGGUUAAUUAAGAAAAAAGGCUUUCAAAGGGAGCUUUAGGGGUGACGUGUUUUGCCAAUUUGCUCUAAAAUAAUACCUUUAUAAUAUACUUUAAGCCGUUUUUAUUUAUUUCUGUUACUGAUUAUGACUUUGUUUUAACACAUGGAAUGUAUCUAGGCAUCUUGUUCUUUUUAUUUGGUCUUUCAGGACUCUUUUAAUGCUUUAAAAAGUAUUCUGUGUGUGUGCACGUAGGCUCAUUAAAGACUCAUCUCACUUGAGGAAACGCAGAUCUGUAUGUGUUGUAUAUUGUAUCAGGAUAGUUUUUAUUUGUUUUUGAUGUACAUAUGUUAUUGAGCUUUGUUGGCAUUAACUGACAGUUUUUUUCCCCUGCUUCUUAAGUUUUUCCUAUUCUCUGUACUGAAAACUAUGUAGACUGAAUUUCCCUUCAGGAUGAUGUUGCAAUAGUAUGCCAGCAUCAUUUACAUUUGUCUUUUGAAUGACCCUUACCAGAAACCAAACCAUUUGUUUAGUAUGCUGACCUGAUGUCAGAAGUAUUUCUCAAGUUUUUUUUGCCAAAUUGUGGUUGUGAAGUAUUGAAACCUUGUGUAGCAAUAAUCCCGAUUGGUAUGCUCAUGAAACGGGUGAUAAUUGAAUUUGACUGAUAAAUCUGUGCUGCCAGCUGGACAACUGGUGCAUAUGUAGCAUACAUUUUCUCCAAAGCAGUAACUAAAAGUAGCUGCAUGAGGUCUGUUGUGUGAAGCAUGAAAAGAAAAGUGGAUGGCAGUCAAUUUUUGAUGGCAGUAUGUACAGUAGAAAAUACUGCACAACACAUUUUACAUGUCUGUCUUUUACUCAGGAUUAAAUCUUUUGAUAUUCUCUUUGAUUUUGUGUGUUGUUUGAGUUACAUAAUGUCCAGCAGCGCAAUUGCUUCUAACAAAUAAAGGAUGUUUUUAUU